CCCCACCAACCACAGCCGGGUUCACCAAGGGGCUUAGAUGGUCCUGGGGAGAGACCAUGGCGCCUGCCGCACCCACCCUGCUCCUCGUGCUCCUUCUUGCCUCACUUGCUCCUGGGCAGAGACAAAGGAGGCCCCCAGCCCUGGAGAGUCUCUUUGAGAAGAUCAAGAUACAGGAGAACUUUGACCUCCAGCAGUUCUCAGGGAAGUGGUUCCUGGUUGGUGUGGCCUCCAAAUGUGACUACCUAAGAGAAUAUAACCACCAGUUGGAAGCAACAACCAUGGCGGUGUCUGCCUCGGAAGGGAAGUCGCUGGCCAUCAGUACCUUCCGGAAACUGGAUGGAGUAUGCUGGGAGAUUAAGCAGCAGUACCGCUCCACCAAAGCCCAGGGGCGAUUCCUCCUGAAAGGCCGUAGCAGCAACGUGGAUGUGGUGGUGGGGGAGACAGACUACAGCAGCUACGCCAUCCUGUACUACCAGAAGCUCCGGAAGAUCUCCAUCAAGCUCUAUGGACGCAGCGUCCGGGUCAGUGAUGCCGUCGUGGGUAAAUUCGAGCAGCGCAUCACAGAGAUGAACAUGAGCGAGGACUUCACCUACUACUUCCCCACGUAUGGGUUCUGUGAGUCCGCGGAUCAAUUUCAUCUGCUCGAUGAAACGAAGAUUUAGGUGAAGAGGGAAAUGCCAGAGACCCCGCGAGCCAACCAGCCACGUCUGCAGCCAUGCUGGGCGCAGGAGCCCGGCCACCGGAGCUGCCAGUGAACUCUGUGGCCCAGUUAUUCAGCCAGGGCUGGGGAGCUCCAGGUGGACACUGGGCCAAGGGAGUGAUGAAAGGGUGGGACUGGGGUCUCCUCUGUAGCCCUAACCCUAGUGUUUGUUCACCCCCAGCCUUUGCUCCCCCUCACUCCCCAGGCUCAUGUCUCUUCCACAUCAUACCACCACACAAAGGCGGAUUUGGGUUUUGUGGGGCCCUGCACCAGAGCAGUGGGGCCCGCUCCCCACUCCUCCCUCCUGCAGUCCCCCCCAAUCCUCUCCGUGCUUCUGCCGGGGAGCGGGAUUGGGGAGCAGGGGCUUCCCCCACUUCCCCGCAGGAGCGCCGAGUGGGCAGAGUGGGUCGGGGCACGGGGGCUAAUCCAUCACUGCCCCCGUGCCCUCCUGCGGGAUCCCCGGCCCAGCUGCCCCUCACUGCUACUGCCCCGCUCCCCUGACCUGAUUCGGCGCUCGUCCCCAUGAGGAAGCCCUGCUCUCCCGACACUGACGCAGCACGGCCGUGCAACCCUUCGCUUCCGCCUCCUGUGCGCUGCCCCUUUCAAUUGCUCAGGGCUGGCUGUGCCGUUGUGCUGGGCUCAGUGCUGACUGGCAUGGAGCAGAUGCCCAGCUCACACUCUCUCUCUGGAAUCCACAAUAAACGCUGGCCAGGCUGGGAA